CUUUGCACUCAACAGUAGCGCUGUCCGAGGCAACUCUUUUCUCAUGUAUCCUCUUCACCUAACCCUCGGACCGCAGCGCAGCCAAUCUCCAUUCGUCAUCCACGCCAGCAAGGAAGACAAUAGCACCAUCAGAGUGAUGCUGACGUCGGUGGCGGAAACCUUCCGCGGCUUCUUCCUGCAGGCCCGCGACAAAGACGACCAGAGGGUCGGCGAGUUCUUGAGCGUGGAAGGCGGUGGGCAAAUUAUGCGCGUGACGAAGAGGAAUUCAGUGUCGCACAAAAGUCCCGAGGAUAAGCGUCAAGUUUCGAUGACGUGGGUUCCUCUUCAGCAUCGCGGGGCGGUGAUAUUUCAAGCCACUGUGGUGCAGCGGUACAACGCAUAUUGGACGAAUAUCAGGUCUCGAAUGUAUAACGUUUCCUAAUAAUUAACAAAAGUCAUCAUUCAAAGUAAGUGUUGUCGGAAAGUAAAUGAAUUCCCUCACUGUUUUAAGCAUUCAACGGUAUGUUUGGUUUGCAAGUCGUAAUCAACAAUUUUUCAGUUGGUACAUCGUUGAUCCCAAUUAGUCUCUAACAUCUUUAAGAAUCUAAGAUGCUUUAAUACGAGUGGUUCAUUAAAAAACCUAGGUUUCUGCACUUAGAUGUUACUCAACAAAACGCGGUUCUUGAAGUGGUACCGUAAUCACUAUACACGUAGAAUGUGACAUUCGUCAGCCUUCUGUAUCAAUUCUCAGAUUUACUAUUUGUAGGUUACUCAAUCUGAACUUUGACAUUUUACUAUUCAAAUCGUUAUUCAUCGCAAUUGAAGAAAAUAAACGGACCUCGGUGUGUAUCAAACAGACAUCUGGAAUAACAUUUCAUUUCCAAUGUAUAUGUUCAGGCAUUUUCUCUGUAAGUGAAUAUCGGCAACGGGGCUGAAACUUCUUGUCCCCAGUAAAUUAUUCAACCAAAAAUUCUCCAGAGGCAAUUUUUAUUUUAUAGCAAUUUUUAUUUUGUUUCUAGCCUCGAUACUAAAACGGUGAGAUACAAUACAAAUUCUGACGAAAAUUCUAUCUUUCACGCUAGCGUAUUAUUUAUUAAUGGGUGAAAAACAUACUAAUUUUAAUUACACGAAUUUCUAUGAGUAUUUUUUCGUCCCUUAGAUUGAUGAGGUCAUACCUAAACGCUCAAUUUUCUCAUUACUGAUCCCAGAAAAUGUCAUGAUGGGUAACCAUAUCAUUCUCAACAUGUGCUGAAUUUCUCAACUACUAGUUUUAGUUCUGUGAUUUACUCAUAACACAAUUAACUGAAAUGACAAAAAAUUUAACUCUGAUUUGCAGUUAGCAUUUAUGGAAAUUACUUUUUUAUAUUGAAGGUUUCCAUUAUUAGAUGUUUCACUGGAGUGCUGCAAUUUAUCGGAAACUUUUCCCACAUGCAUCUAUUAGUUAAGCCUCGGGCCAAAUUUCUCAUUUAAUAAUUGAAUUCCUCUUCCAUACUACGGUAUUCGACUGUGUUAACUGUUCGACGGAUAAUUGAAUGCAUUUUGACGGAUAAUUGAAUGCAGCAUAAAUAACCAAAUUACUAAUUCAUACAUUAAUUCCUGUCUGAAUUUAGUCUAUUUGUAUGAAGAUGUAGCCUGAGCUGAUCAGAUGUAUAUUUUGGAAGCGAACAUCCAGCCAUUGCAACUUAUUGACUUAUAGGAUCACAAAAUUGGGAAAUUCACGAAUUAAUUUUGGUCUACAACAUUUUUCACAUUAAGACAUUAUCAAAUAAUUUUAAUGUGCAGAGAUUUUUAUCAAUUUAUUUAUGGGAUGACGGUAUAUUGAUAACUCUUCAGAAGAAAGUACCAACAAAAAUAAGAAGAAAAAUAUUCAUCAAUUCAUUCCGUUGUUGAAAUGCUGAAAAUGCAAACUGAAAUUACACAUUUUCGUUACAAAAGCGACAAAAUCCUGACUAGUAUUCUAUUAUUUCGUGCCCCUAAUUCUUUGUAAAUAAUAAUGAGACUUUCCAUACAUAUUAGAUUUUACCGUGUGAAGAAUGCACUUCUCCAUUAAACAAUGCAUAACUUAAAGCACGGGAUUUUUCGAUAACUAUUUUUAUUUGAUGUUCUAUCGACGCCGUCGUUUGACGCUUAACAUAUUUGAAUAAUGAGGCGGGCGCUGGGAAAAAAAAUGGAGACAUUUUCUUGGCUCAGUGACUUUAUUCCAAGGGUUGCACGUUAUUAGUCUAUGUUAAUUUGAGUUUUUCCUUGAUGAGCACUCCUUCGGCAGUUAAUAAUGGCGAGUAAUAAAAAUGAAUUCAUUUUGUUCUUCAAAGGAACAAAAAGUGUGUUUGCAAUAGAAAAUAUCCUGAGUAGCCAACUUUUUCGGUUCUUAGCUCGUUGCCGUAACCUAAUUUCUUGUGGAAUUUUUUAGUUGCAGGCCUUUCGAAAAGUUUUCAGGACUUUAAAUGAGUUCGUUUUUGAAGAGUUUGUAGGCAAGUACUGAACUUGAUGUUAAAUGAAGUCAUGAGCUGAAAUUCAAUUUCAUCACAUAGACAAGCUUCGUCUGAGUGUAGUCGGCACGUGAGAUCACCAUGAAGCAAUAUACUUUUUAUCAGUACCAUAAAAUAUCAAGGACUCGUUUUUUGUGCAAU